GCCGUGUUUGAGAACCAUUGAGCAGACCUCCCGUCUCGCCACCGACAAACGUUGACGGCUACACGACGUUUGACGACUGAUACGACCUCCUCUUCCUCCUCCUCCUCGCCCCCUUACUCCUCCUCCAUGGCCCCGACCGACCCGACAUCAUCAUGGCCAUCGCAACGUCCCUCAAGAACCUCCUCGCGCGGCUCGCCCCCCCGCCCAGCAAGUCCCCCGACGGGCGCGACCAGUGGCCCUCGCGGGCCGCCUUCCUGCUCGCCUCGAUGGGCGGCUGCGCGGGCAUGGGCAACCUCCUCCGCUACCCGUCGCAGGUCUUCAACAACCACGGCCUGCAGUGGUUCCUCCCCUACCUGCUGUGCGUCCUGCUCAUCGCCAUCCCCGUCCUCGCCCUCGAGAUCGCCGUCGGCCAGGCCCACCGCGGCGGCUGCGUCGUCGCCUACUCGAGCCUCGGCCACCGCCUGCGCGGCGUCGGCCUCGGCAUGCUCUACGUCGGCUUCGUCGUGAGCCCCUACUUUGUCGCCAACCUCGCCUGGAUCAUGGUCUACUUUCGCAACUCCUUCACCAGCCCCCUGCCGUGGGAGGGCGGCCGCGGCGAGGACUUCUUCCGGCGCGACGUCGUCGCCAACGUGGACCCCGUGCCGGGCAACUUCACCGCCGACGGCUCCGCCGUGCUCGACUACACCGCGUACCCGGGCGUCGCGCUCAUCGGCGAGACGGUCGGCUGGACCGCCUUCACCUGGCUGCUGGUCUGGCUGUCCAUCUUCCGCGGCGUGGGGCUCACCGGCCGCGUCGUCUACUUCACCAUGGGGCUCCCCAUCGUCGUCACCCUCAUCCUCAUCGGGCGCGCGCUGUCGCUCGACGACGCGGCCCGCGGCGUGCGCCUCUUCUGGGCGACGUGGAACGGCGGGCAGCUCGGCCGCGGGCAGAUCUGGCAGACGGCGUGCGGGCAAGUCUUCUUCUCCACGGGCGUCGGCUUCGGCUACUUUACGAGCUACGCGUCGUAUAACCAAAAGUACUCCAACGCCGUCAUGGACGCCAUCCUCAUCGUGUCUAGCAACGUGCUGUUUGAAAACGUCGCCGCCUUUGCCGUGUAUGGCGUCGUCGGCUUCCUCGGCCUGUUUCCCGAGGACGGCGUCCGCCUGGGCAGCUUCGAGGUCGGCUUCAUCACCCUGCCGUCUGCCGUGGCGCAGAUGCCCGGCGCCAACUUUUGGGCGGUCCUCCUCUUCUUCACCCUCAUGGUGCUCGGCUACAGCUCUGCCUUUGCCAUGGUCGACGCGCUCGUCACCCUCGUCAUGGACGCCCGCCCGCGCUCGAGCCGCCCGCUCGUCGUCUCCGCCAUCGUCGCCGUCUUCUUCCUUCUUUCGUUGCCGUAUUGCACGCAGUUUGGGUACUACCUGCUCACGGGCAUCGAUCGCUGGACCAACGACGUGGCGCUCGUCUUCGUUGUCUGGGCCGAGUGCGUAUCGUCCACCACCGUGUACCGUUGGAAGGAUGUCGUCGGCCAGGUCGGACUGCCGUCGUUUGCGAUAUACAACGCGGGCUACUUUGGCGGCAUGAUUCUCGGCGUGACGGUCGCGCAGACUGUUUCGCCCGCUGCUGGUGCAGGGGUUGGCUUUGGACUCUUCAUCGUCGGCACCCUCGUUGCGGGUUUGACGGGUAGGGUCCCUGACGCGGCGACGCCCCGAGGAUGGAGCAACAGUCUCUUUGGCAGGAGACUCUGGUUUGUUGCUUUCUACUCUGUGAGCCUCACCCCUUCCUUCACCACGAGACGCCAUGAGUCCCGGAUCUGA